AUGGAUUACAAAAAGGGCGGCGGACUAAUUCUCUCCUCAGAGCGAGCGCAGCUGGUUGACGGGCUGUGGACAAUUCAAAAGUACGGUGAUUUCGCUCCUGGGGAUAAGCGACUGGCGCGUGUGUUUGUGACUGGCCGAGUAGAGAUGCGACAACUUGGAGGACUGUUUAAAUUGUCUUUUGAUGGCUUGGCCGUGCAGCGACUGGCAGAUAAUCCUUCGCAAAGCCCUCUUAAAGCAAAGGUGUUCCUUACUCGCAAAAAGGCAAAAAAGCGCAUGGCAGAUUUGGAAGAAACGGGUUACAGUGUGCCCAUCUCACGUGAUUUAGAUAAGAAUGGAUUCGUUUGCAGUGGAGACGCGACCCUGGGCACAUUUGACUUGACACUGAGGAACGCACCCGACAACCCGCUACUUUAUCGCGGGCUAUGCAUAGCAAAAUCUGCCCAGGACACGCCAUUGACAGAAGAACCUGCGGUCUAUGGAUUCGUGAGGUUCGUUGACGACCGACCGCAGAUAACUACAACGGAGAAUGUCCUCGGUCUCCAUGAGAACGAGGAUUUGAUGGGGAACAAGACUAUUAUGCAUGAUGGCACAGACUCAAAAUACAAGCCAAUCCAGGCAUACACGCGCACCGCACUGCGCAGGGUUAUUGGACGUACAUUUCAUUGAUUGUUACCAGAGGCGGAACUGGCUGUCCCCUAGGCGCGAAAGGCAUGGAAGGCGCUCGAGCUUGCUGAAGAGCAGCAAAUCGGCUUCGAUGAGUUUAAACGCGCCCUAGAUCUCCUUGAUUUGACACUUCUAGAAACACGUGCCAUGCGACUUUUCGAGGCUGUUGACCUAAAUCAAUCAGAUCAAGUUGGCAUUACAGAAUUUGAGAUUGCUCUCAUGAUAAAUGAUAGUAAGUUUGCAGUAUAAUAUAAUAACCUCACCAGUCGCGAUUGGCCCAUCCUAUCUAACCUUGUAGGUACCCCAGAUUUGGGUCUUACUCCAAAUGAUGCCUUUCGUAUGUUCGACCUUGAUCAGACUGGUAAAAUAACAAAAACGGCGUUCCGGAGGGUUAUUGGCGCUCUGGGGGCGGGUGAAAAACUACCCGGGAAGACGGUGGACAGUGAGGAACGAAAGAUGGCAAUUGAGGCAUUUUUUGACAAACUCGACCUGGAUAGAAGUGGCGAAAUCAGUUAUACCACCUUUAGAAGCGCCUGGGUUAAGCUGGUAGAUGUAAACACAGAGUUAACGAAGAGACAAAGAAAACCGUAUUCAGUCCCAAGGGCUCUUCAAAUGUUCCAGUUUUUGGCUGACAUACUAAAUCGUGCAGCUCUUCUCACACUAUCUGCAGCAGAGGAGGCGGAGGAGAAGCAAAGUUUCCAACGCGCGAGACAACAUAUAGAUCGGUUGAGAGUUGAAGCACGAACACGCCGAGAUGAACACCGUCGAGCAAGACAAGCGGAAAGGGAGCGUGUGUCACUGGUAGCAGCCAAAGACAUUGCUCUCCGAAACAAGGAUAGAGCCGCGCGGCUGGUACAGGAGCAAAAGUUGAGAAAUAAGCAGCGCGCUGAAGAGAAAUUGAUGAAAAAUCGCCUGGAAGCAGAGCAGGCUGCAGCGAAGCGCCGAGAGAAUGCAGCUUUAAAAGCAGAGAGGAAAAAGCGAGAAGCCGAUCGUGUUGCUAUGAUCAGGAUGGCCGGUGCAGAUCGCCUGGACUGUUCCCGGCGAAGCUAUCGCUUGCUACCAGCAGAGCUGUACAUAGGACGUGAUGCGCAAGAGGGACUAGCGGACCUAGUAAUGUUAGACCUCGGAGAAAAUUGUCUCGAGACCUUACCAACAGGAUUCCUUAUGUGGUUCGCGUCGCUGAGAUAUCUCAGGCUUACUGCGAAUCGCCUGGAGUAUCUCCCAAAAGACGAAUUGGGGGAUAUGGGUCAACUAGAGGUGUUGAAAGUUAAUAGCAACAACCUCAUUGAUAUUCCAGAUUCUAUUGGUGAGCUAAGUAUGCUCAGAGAGUUGCGUGUGAGUAAUAAUAACCUCAGGAAGUUGCCAAGUUCAAUUCAGCGCGUUGUGUCUAUUGAAUGCCUCAGUGCAUCUUCCAAUCAACUUGUUUCACUGCCAGACAUGUCUGGGUUGCAAUUCAUGAGAGAUCUCUGUUUGCGGGGAAACAAGUUAUUUGAACUACCAGAAUCUCUACCCGACAUGGUGUCACUAACAAGGCUGGACGUGCACAAUAAUCAGAUUCAUAAAUUACCUCAAAACAUCGGAGAUUUAAAAAAAUUGCGUGUACUUAACAUUAGCGUGAAUCGAGUAACAACAUUCCCAGAUAGUGCAUCUGGCUUGAGUGGCUGCGAAUCUUUUCUCCUGCAGGAGAAUGAAAUUCUUCAUCUUGGCGUUUGGGCUGGCGGGUGGAAAUGUGCCUCGUUUUUAGACAUAAGGGGCAAUAAGAUUGAGCAUGUUGACCGGUCUGUGGGUUCUCUUCGAAAUCUAACCGUCAUACGACUGGACAAAAAUAAGAUAGAGCAACUUUCUCCACAAAUAGGCCUCGCCCAGUCACUAGAAGUCUUGCAUGUUUCUGACAACAUUCUAAAGAAACUCCCCGUGGAACUUGGCGCCCUGGCGCUACUGCACACUUUAAAACUAUGUAAAAAUUUCAUUUUUAAGCACCUGCCAGAGCAAUUGGGACUGCUCAGGUCGGUGACUGACUUGGAUAUCUCUCAGAACAUGAUUGAAUCACUCCCAGACACAAUUGGUGGACUUGGAGAGCUUGUAAAACUCAACUUGGCGCACAAUCGGCUGUCAACUGUACCGGAAACUAUCAUCCAUUGCACGCGAUUGCAUGAACUCUAUCUAUCUUCAAAUCACAUUAAGCGAUUGCCGAUGCACCUUGGAAAGUGCACUCCUCUCCGCAUUCUUGAUCUUCAGUCUAAUCUCAUCGUGGAAAUACCUGCAAACCUUGCAUGCCUGAUAAAUCUUCGAUCUCUACACCUUGGGAAAAAUCUUUUGCGGGCCCUGCCUCUUGAUAUCGUCUAUCUCUGUGAGACUGUAGAGAAGCUUAGUUUGGAUAGAAAUCCAUUCACUGACCUCCCACCUAGGUGGGCCAAAUUUUCAGGAUGCUCUGCGCACGAGCGGAGCCUUUGGCCUUCAGGUUACAACAACGAGCUAGCAAUUUCCUGGGUAAAGGACCAUUCUGCCUUCUACCAAGCUGCCUCUGAAGAAUGGCAGAUGACCGGUCCCAUGCAUGUAUCCAGCCGAUCAAAUCUUGCCGCUUACGAGGCUGCCGUCAAGAAGCGCUGCGGCCCUGCUUGGCAGCCUCACCUGCUUUCUCUUGUGCGUGCAUACUAUUUCAAGGCAAGGCAUACUGGCAGCUGUCCGAAGUUUAAUUAUUUAACAGCAAUAGAAUCAAAACUUCGUUCCAGAGCCAGAAAAAGAAUAGCUUCAAUCCGCAAUAGCCGCCAUCGGGUGGCACUUGACGCUGCAGCAGAAUACAAUACUGUUUUAACAGAACUAUACCAUAGCAAUCUUCUGUGUCGCUUGGGUAAGAUUCAAGACCUUGGGCAAAUCAGAAGAAAAAAUAGAGUCUCGCGCCACUCGAAACCGAGAAAAACUAUUGCUCUCAAACAGGCUCAUAUACUCAAGGCCGAUCAGGAUCGUGAAGGACGGAUUGAAUUGGAAGAACUCCACGCGCACCUUUGGAGCUCCUUUGGGUGUCCAGCUGAUGGUGAGCAUUUUUUUCCUUCAGGAUUUACACGAUGUUGACAUUAAUGCAAGUCAGUCAGGGACAUGUACAAGACAACCCGUCUCCGGAGUUCAACCAAGCAAAUGGAUCUAGCGCCCCUGGCGCCUGCUGUAGUCUGCUGGCGAGGAGGACGCAAAACGAGAUUGACCGUGUUGUCUCUGAAAUUAGAUGUGAGCUCGAAGACGCGCCUAUAAAGAACUUUUGGAGCUCGCUGGCCAGGUUCGAGCCGAUUCAGCGAGACUGGGUCCGCUAGAGUUUGCAUGGGUCCGGCGCGCCUGCGAGCCGUACCUUUGAUCCCUUUUUUAUUCUAUUCCUAAGUAUUGCGCACGCGCAUUUAAAAAGGGGAAUAGGACACCUCGCGAGCGGCAGCCCGGGCCCUAGCGGC